UUGGUAUUGAGUAUUUGGUAUCGGAGGCCUGGUAUUGGAUAAAUGAGUACUUUGGCCUACCUCUAAUGACAAUUCCUCGAAUUACAUAUACAUGUGUUUGAUGGUGUAGGUAUUAACCUAAAGAUAUCAGUAGUUGAUCUCUCAACUGGUAAAGUAAGACCAGCUAAACCAGUGAGAGGUGAAGAAGGUUGGACUGUUGGAGAAUUGAAACAAUAUAUAGGAGAAUUAUUUAAUCUCAAUUCAUCAUGUAUGAGAUUAUUAAUGCUUGAUAAAGCUCGCUCAGUCAUACAUCUAGAAGAUGUUGAAAGCUGUCUAAAGGAAGUGCUCUUUAAAGUCGUAUUUAAUACACAAAAACGACACAGAAAGCAACUUGUAGUACCAAUAAUAUAUGUAUCAUCAGAUCCUAUAGAUUUUUUAGAGGAUUACAAAGAUAGUUUGAUGUACAGAUAUGUUGUUGAUUUUCUCUGUAACUCAAUAAUACUAUUGGACAUUACACUACCUCCUCCUCAACCUGAAGCCACUCUCAGUACAACUAAUGUACCUGAAGGAGGAACAAUAAUGAAAAUUAUAUCAAUAGAAGAAGAUAAAAGAAAAAUACAAGUACAAGUUAAUAAGAGAAUAAAAUUAGUUCAAUUGAAGAAGGAGCUAGCUCCACUGAUUGGUGUACCACCUGCUGGUUUUAGAAUGUAUGGAAUCAGAAAUAAUGAAGAAUAUGAAAUGAAGAGACUUCAUGAGACAUUAAGGGAUAUUAAAUCUGGAUCAAAAUUGACAGUAAGACUGGGUAGAGCAUUAGGAAAAAGAGAGAGAAGAAUUAAAUUAUAUUUAUUACAAGUUAACAAUACAGACUUUUGUAAGUAUAUGAUGGAGUUUAUUGCUGCUAAGGGUACACCAGUGAGGGAAUUUAAGAAACAAAUUAUUGAAGAAGCAGAAGUACAAGGAAUUGAUUGUGAUCUUGAAUUAGACAAAAUGAGAUUACGUUACAAGAAUGGAGUGAACCCUGGUACAGUAUAUCUUGAUCAUCAGAUGAUUGAUGCUACUAAGGAAACAUAUUAUGUGGAACCAUUGAAAG